UAUAAACUGAAUAUGCACGCAUUGCAUUUCAUAUAAAAUGUGAAACAUUGACAUUAUUUAUUUCGUAAUUUGAGUGUUGAUCAACCUGAAUUCAAUAUGCGCGUCAUUGCCCUCACUAUAUUUGUGAGUUUUGUAGCAACUGCCCAGGGCUGUUAUAGAACUGAAACUCAAGUGUGUGCAGGACCGGUUGGUUGCUUCGACUUUAGCGCCCCAUUUCAAAAUUUCCCCCUGCCAUGGUUGCCUGAUGAGAUCAACGCUAAGUUUGAGCUGUUUACACGACAGAAUAGAGACUAUCCCCAGUUCAUCGAAAGCCUCAAUCCACCAGAUGUGUACAGUAAGACCCGGGAAACAAAGAUCUUGAUUCAUGGCUUCCUAUCCAGCUCUAGCACACCAUGGAUGACAGAGAUGAAAAAUGCACUGCUUGAUGUGGGCGAUUACAAUGUUAUACUGAUAGAUUGGAGUGGUGGGGCCGACAUAUCUCUUCUGCAGUACCCUCAAGCGGCUUCGAACACGCGCAUGGUGGCAGGAAUGAUCGCAUACUUCCUUGAUGAGCUGUCAAGGAGGGGACAGAUAAGCAAGAGCCGUGUCCAUUGCAUUGGUCACAGCCUUGGUGCUCAGACAUGUGGCUUUGUUGGAAAGAAAACAAGCGGUCUUGGAAGGAUUUCAGGCCUCGAUCCCGCUGGCCCAAAUUUUGGCGACCUUGACACCAGGGGUCAUAUCUGGAGGACUGACGCAGAUUUUGUAGACAUUAUCCACACCAACGGUGGCGACAACCUCAUUAAUUACGGCAUCGGGAAACAAGUCGGAGAUGUCGACUUCUAUCCCAAUGGUGGCGGUCGACAGGCAGGAUGUGGUAUUUCCCUCAUGAAACAGCCCAUUGGAAAGGAAGAAAGGAAAGCUCCCAAGCCUGCACUGUACAUGAAGAAGAAGUACGUGUCAAAGGGAAUUGCUGCGAUUGAAGCUGGAAUGAAUGCUGUUGCAUAUGGAGAUGUUGUGUCAUGUAGUCACGGACGAGCACCCACAUAUUACAUAGAGUCCAUAACGGCAGCCUGCAACUUCAGGGCGAACCCGUGUCCUGGUGAAAGUGAUCUUGAAGCUGGUUUGUGCAACUACUGUGAUGGUUCUGACUGCCAGUAUAUGGGAUAUCGGGCCAAUGCGUAUUCUGGACGCGGCAUGUACUACCUAAAAACCAAUGAAAGAGCACCAUUCUGCAGAGGAUGAAACAUCAUUUUAUGGAAUGAAUAUUUUGAUAUAUAAAAUCAGAUAAUAACAAUACAA